UCCAAGCGUGCGGACGUGUUUGCAUCGUAGCGCUCUGCUAAAGCAUAAUAGUCUUACGGAAAUUACCAUUUUCACUGUAUCCUAGAAUUGCACUCAGUAAAAGUGCGAAAUCACGUGCAGAAGCGACGAGUUGUGUAGGAAAUCCCACUAGAAAAGUGCAGUUCCCAUCCUAGAAGUAAUUUCUCGCGUUUCGACGACUCCAGCAAAAAACAAAAUGGUCGACAAAAUUGAGAUGAGCCUUGAUGAUAUCAUCAAGUCGCAAAAAUCUAACCGUCCCCGCGGCGGAGGCCGUGGAGCCGGCCGUACGAAUCGCCGUGGAGGCGGAAAUGCCGCCGGUGCCGGAAGCAGCCGCAACGGUUUCCGCGCGGGCCAGCGCAACGGUGGAGCUAGCGGAGGCGGCGGAGUCCUGAAGGGACGCGGUCGAGGCGGAAUUUCCCGAGCACGCUACGGGCGGGGCGACGUGAACAGCGCAUGGAAACAUGAUAUGUACGAGGGACCUCGCAAGAACCGUCUGUUGACGGCCGGCGGUUUGGGCGGAGCCGUUGGAGGAGUGCCCGGCGGAACCUCGAAGCUGAUGGUGUCGAAUCUGGAUUUUGGAGUUUCGGAGACGGACAUCAACGAGCUGUUUGCAGAGUUUGGACCGCUUAAGAGCGCCUCAGUACACUACGAUCGUUCAGGACGAUCAUUGGGAACGGCGGAUGUUAUCUUCGAAAGACGUUCGGAUGCAAUCAAAGCCAUGAAGCAAUACAACGGAGUACCUCUGGACGGGCGGCCGAUGAGCAUUCAGAUGGCGACCUCGGAAAUUCCUGCUCCUCGUAUACCACGUCCUGCGGCGCUGUCAAUGGCCGCCCGUUCCCCACGAAAACCGACCGUUGGUCGAGGCGGUGGUAAGCCAACAACCCGCGGUGGUCGCGGUGGCAACUCGAGCCGAGGCCGUCAACCACGCGAGACUAAAACCGCCGAGGAGCUGGAUGCCGAACUGGAUGCGUACACCAAAGACAUGAAGUAAAACGUAGCCACGAAGCUUCAUUUUUCGUGUUCCCGCUGUGGCGAGCAUCCUGUUGUCACUUAGCUAUCAUCGAGUGAUUUGCUGGUAAACGACGCAGUAGCGGCAUUCAUCUUGCCUCUUUCCGGAAUUUGUGAAAGGGCAAAUCUAUUACUCACGGACGAACGGUGGAGCUCCGUUUUAUUUGACAUAAAUUUAGUUUCAUUCUAACAACUAAACACACCUUGUAAAUAGCGUAUAGUAGUGAGAGCGCUCAAUGAGUCAACGCCAGACACAACUACACGGCUCAAACAGUGCAUAGCAGCACUUUCGAUUCGGCACUCGGUAGAAGAUAGACAGAUCAGGCGAUAGUUCAUUUCGUAGACAAACGCGAUAAGCACUAAAGCAACGUUCUUGCAGUUAAGUCAAAUGCGACUUACGGUGUGCGGAACAAACAAAUGCGUGUUGCUUUGAGUUUGUGUACAAAAGAUCCCCACGAAACACGGUAUCAUUACGGUGGGUGAGAGUAAUUAAGCAACUCAAAUGCCCCCGAGUACGGGCAUAACGGACAUUCAACAUCGUCAAAGGAUCAUCCUGGUUUCUAUGGACUAGUUAGUUAAGUUUGAUUCAAGUUAUUUUUCCUUCAAAAUACCGACAACUUACCAUCAAUUGAUAAUCUUUAGUUUUGCUAAGCUAGUUAAAUUGUAUUGAAAACAAAAGACAACAUUGAUCGGUGCAAGUAUAAAAAUCGAAUGAGCGAACGGAAACUUCGCCACAGGACACAUCUGUGCGGAUUUUUCUCGGCGAUCUCCGUAGAUUAUCUUUUGUUGCGUCACAUUUUAGCUACCGUCGCAUUAGAGUGUUGUCUGCGUUGCUGAUAACAGCGAAGGUUGUAUUUUAUCAACCAAGAUAUAGAUUGACCCGAAUCGAAACACAUUUGACGGUAAUAUAACAAAUGGAAUCUUACCUCUCUUUCGGAAGUAACAGUUUUAGUUGUAUAAGAAAGGUUCUAAUGUUCGAAAAAUGCAUGCGGUCGAUUUGAGAAUAAGAUCCCGUACGAGAGUAAGACGGAAUGAGAAAACGAUAAAAUAAAACAAAAAACACUUGGAAGU